ACUACAGUGUUAAUCAGAAAUUGGGCACUUACCAAUUUGUCCAAAAAAAGUUUAAGAUUGUGUGAUAUUGUUUCCUUCCUCUGAAACCCUAAAACUUGAAUCAUAGAUGGAACUGACAUGGUUGAGUGCCAUUCUGGUGGGAGCUGGUUAUCUUGCUUUGGGUUACUUCAUUGGUUCUCAGUAUCCUCCUCGUUUCCUCUUCUCACGUAAAUUAUUGACAAAACACAACGAUGCCACACUUUUCAACGAUACCGACAAUAAGAGGAAUAGUAAGUCCAAACUCAAAGACCCCCUUCAGAUUGAACAACUAGCUGACAUUCUCGAUGAUUUUAAGAUGAUUCUCGUUGUCAGGAAUGAUCUUAAAAUGGGUAAAGGGAAGAUUGCUGCUCAAUGCAGUCAUGCAACAUUAGGUCUCUAUAAAAAGCUCCUUCAUCGAGCUCCAAAGGCGUUGAAUAGGUGGGAGAUGUCUGCGCAGCCAAAGGUUGUUGUCAAAAUUGAGAGUGAAGAAGAUAUGCUUGCUUUGCAGGAAAGGGCUAAAUCUCUGAAGUUACCCACCCAUAUCACAAUUGAUGCUGGGAGAACACAGAUUGCACCAAAUUCCCGAACAGUGAUGGCAAUUAUUGGACCCGUUGAAGUAGUAGAUGAGGUAACAGGUGGACUUAAACUAUUAUAAUCUUUGUCGGAUCAAGAUGGUGCUGUUUAUCAUGAACCUCGAGUGUUCACCAAGGAUAGAAUGUAGAACUAAUUAUGGAUCACAUGAAGAUUUGCCGUGUUCUUUGCCUACAAAAUGAUUUACGAUUAAUCUUUAGUUGACAGCUCUACCAAAAGAUUUGUGUUUAUUCUUUAGUUGACAGUGAUGAUGAUGAUAAUGAUGAUGAUGAAAUUUUUGGUUGGAAAUCCUUGCCGAUAAAAACUGUCGAACCAUUUUCAGUUUGUAUGAGAUAUUAUUUAUAUCAGGGUGAUUAUAGGCUCGGUUUCCAAAAUGUUA